AUGGACAUUGAGCAGCAGAAGCGGAACAUUGACUACUUCUUGAAGAACAUCGAUUGGGGCUCGGCGAUAUCGAGCCUCAUCGGGGCAACUUCCCAUCCUUCCCUCUUUUCCUUUUCCGAGAUUCUCCCGCCCCCUAAUGUGGGGGUUUUUGCAGCUAGAAGGGAUGAGAAUGCGCCUUCCGGCGUGCCCAUGUUUGCAUAUGGUACAUGGAGCGAAUAUAAGAGUAAUUACUCCCGUCGUCUUCCACAAUUGAAACCUGAUCAAGUCCUCAAAUUGAAGCAGCUGACUGUACUUACUCUGGCGGAGACUAACAAGGUAUUGCCAUAUGAUUCGUUGAUGCAGGAGUUGGACGUGCCAAUGUUCGCCAGUUGGAAGACUUUCUCAUUAGACUGUAUGUAUGUGGGCAUAGUCAGAGGAAAGCUGGAUCAGUUGAGAAGAUGCUUUGAGGUGCAAUUUGCCGCAGGCAGGGAUCUUAGACCUGGACAAUUGGGUGGGAUGAUCCAAACAUUAUCUAACUGGCUCUCUACAUCAGAAAAUCUUCUAGUUUCAAUUCAAGAGAAGAUAAAAUGGGGAGAUGCUAUGAGUGAGAUAGACAAGAAGCACGCAAAAGAAGUAGAAGAGCGUGUUGAGGAAGUGAAGAAAACACUAUCUUUAAAGGCCGACGUUGACUUCCGAGGGCAUGAAGAGAUCUUUUCUGAACAUGGUGGAGUGAUGGACUUCGAGGAAGAUCGUAGCCGCCCAAAGAGGAGACGACAUCCGAUAGGUUGAGGAGGUAUGGUGAAUGGCUAUCCUAGGCUGAAUUGGUCACAUGCCCUGCCAGUUUUUGGAUACAUGGCAUUUUGAUAAACGACAUUCCUGCUCUAUUUAUAAUGGGCCAAAUAUAGACUCCAAAAUUUACAGUGUUAGCUCCUAUUGCCUCACCUAAUUUUCUGUUUAUAUAAUGAGAUGCAGUUCUAGUUUUGUCAUGCGGCUGAAAACUUAUAUCGGUUUUUGUACUCAACAAACCUAUGAAAAUAGUUUUGACUUUCGAAAUAGAUGCUGCUCUGGUGAA